AUGGAUUAUAAAUAUUCAGGAAGAACGUCAAUACGUGUCUGGGCACCCCAAGAAACUACAAUAACCGAAGAUAAACCCGGGGGCGGGUCAGUUCCCGUAAUACAACUACGCCAGGCCGGUCUACGACCAAGGAUACGGCCUUACGUUACGUCUGCGAAUAUCAACGGGACACCGUUCGCCAAAUAUAUUAGUCCUAGCAACAUCUUCCCAACAAAAUGGACUUAUAUAGAUCAGCUUUUCGGAUCCUCGUCUAAGUGGGCACAGAACCAAAUUUCUGAUUGCUUGAAUUCACAUGGGGAAUGCCGCCGAAUCAGCGAAGACGUCUCGUUUACUCCCUCGCGUCUGAUCAACGUUAGUAUUAGUGAACUAGGAGGAGAUGUGGUGCUCGAGGAUGAUACUUCUAUCUCCCCAGGGUCAGAAUAUGUUGCACUCAGUUACUGCUGGGGUGGCUACGACCCAGACUGUAUGACCACGGCUGACAGCCUGGAAGAAAACAUGCGAAGAAUCCCAUGGUCGAAAUUACCAGAAACUUUUAAGGACGCAGUCAGAUUUACACGCAGUCUCGGCAUCAAUUACUUAUGGAUCGACAGUAUUUGCAUAGUCCAACACGAUAAGAGGGACUGGCAUCGGCAAGCAGGACUGAUGUGGGAUAUAUACAAACAUUCUCAUGUGACACUGGUUGCAUUAUAUGGGAGCUCAAGCAAAUCUGGUCUUCGCUCAACUUCAAUGGAGAAUGAAGUAACUAAAGUGGUAGAGUUCUCACUUGAUCAGCACCGUUGGCCUCUUUACGCGCGGCUUCCCCAUUAUCUAGAGUUUAGCCUUGAUCCAGACUCAUCCAAGGAAAUAGAGAAACGGUCGCCUCUGCUAUCUCGAGCCUGGGCAUAUCAGGAGCGCAUGGUUAGCCCAAAAGUACUUUACUUUACGGAAAGCGAGAUUAUCUUCCAAUGCUAUAGCCAUACCAAUUGCGAGUGUGGCAUAUUCAGAAAUCGGGGUCUCACAGUUGGGAAACCUAGUUCUAUAUUCUGGGAUGAUCACAGGUUCAAAAACGGUAGCCAGGGAACCCCAGUGACAACCGAAGAGAACCAAGGUGUAUGGGAAUGGGUUGCAGGGACCUGGAGAAGAUACAUAGUGAAGGAAUAUAGCGGUCUAUUAGUGACCAAACCGGAGGACAGACUGGCGGCCCUUGGGGCUAUGGCAAAGCAAUUCCAAAAACUCCGUCCUAACGAAACCUACCUGGUAGGUCUGUGGUCGGGGUCGUUAAUCGAAGACUUGUCCUGGAAGUGCUCCGAUUUGCCUUUAAAGGAAAACAGGCGCGGCUGGAAAGAUACCCUAAAGAGGCCGUACUCUUUACCAACUUGGUCGUGGGCAUCUCUACAGAGUGGUGUUGACUUUCCCCGGCGUAUAUUGCCUAUCGGAAGGGAAGUCGUCGCGGCAGUAUCCGAAGCCUCAUGCGAUUAUGAAGGACAUAGCUCCCUGGGACUCCUAACCAAAAGCGUUUUGAAAUUACGAGGCAAACUAACGCCUGGUAUGCAUUUCUAUUCUUCCACACGAAUCUACCAUGAGAAGGUUCAUAUGGAUCACGACGAUGAUGGGUACCAAUGUAUCCCCCAGCAGCAGAAGGUGUACCUAUUUUGGAUGUUUGCCGAUUUCAGAGUCUCUUCCCAGGAGCGCACGACCCGAUACUAUUUGAUCCUUCGCCGCGAAGAAGAGGACAAAAACAUCUUUUCCAGGGCAGGUGUUGUGGAAUAUACAACCACGAUAAAUGAGAAUACGUGGAAUAUGAUUGACACAUCUAAGACGUACGAGGAUGCGUGGAGGAUGCUCGAUAAGCAUAGCGUUAUGACAGAAUGCGAGAUUCGCUGA